GCGGCUGCAGUCGGGGGGAGGCGGCGGCGGCGGCGGCGGUGGCUGCGGGCAGAGCGCAGGGCGCACGGCACUGGGCGAUCGCCGUCGGGGCUCGGGCGGUGGGCAGCGGGCGCAGGCUCCCCGGUGCCCGCCCCUCCGCUGCGGGGGGGGGGGCGCAAGCGGGCGGCCGGGGAGGGGCCGGCACCGCCGCCGCAAAAUGAGCCUGCUGUCGGCCAUCGACACUAGCGCCGCUUCGGUGUACCAGCCCGCCCAGCUGCUCAACUGGGUCUACCUGUCGCUUCAGGACACGCACCAGGCGAGCGCCUUCGAUGCCUUUCGGCCCGAACCGCCCGCCGGCGCCGCGCCCCCAGAGCUGGCCUUCGGGAAGGGCCGCCCGGAGCAGCUGGGCUCGCCCCUUCACUCCAGCUAUCUCAACAGCUUCUUCCAGCUGCAGCGCGGAGAGGCGCCGAGCAGCAGCAUGUACAAGAGCGCCUCGCCCUACGGCUCCCUCAACAACAUCGCCGAUGGCCUCAGCUCCCUCACUGAGCACUUCUCGGACCUGACCCUCACCUCUGAGACCCGCAAGCCCAGCAAGAGGCCCCCCCCCAACUACCUGUGUCACCUCUGCUUCAACAAAGGACACUACAUCAAGGACUGCCCCCAGGCACGUCCCAAAGGCGAGGGUCUGACCCCGUACCAGGGCAAAAAACGCUGUUUCGGCGAGUACAAGUGUCCCAAGUGCAAGAGAAAAUGGAUGAGCGGGAACUCGUGGGCCAACAUGGGGCAGGAGUGCAUUAAGUGCCACAUCAACGUGUAUCCACACAAGCAGAGACCCCUGGAGAAGCCCGAUGGCCUGGACGUGUCCGACCAGAGCAAGGAGCACCCCCAGCACCUCUGCGAGAAGUGCAAGGUCCUGGGCUACUAUUGUCGCCGGGUGCAGUGAGCCGGCCCCGCCGCCGCAGGAGAUGCCCCUCCGUGUCCGCCCGCCUUGCCGCGUGUCCUUGUGUGCGUGGGGGCAGCCUCGCGGCCUUACGCGCCGGGCAGGGGUGUCUUACGCUCUCGUCUCGUGUGUGCUGACAGUGUUACGGACGCGGCCGCCCCCACGGAACACCGGCUCUCUGGGGCUCUCUCCAGGUGGGCCUGGGGUCUGUGUGCAGGAGACAGGGGUGAGCAGAGGUCAGCACCCAGGACCCCAUAAAGCCCUUGGUGUCCCCUGCCGGCGGUCUUCCUCUGAGACUCCCUUUGGGGUGAGCAGCCUUGUAUUGGCCACAAGUGCACUAAAUGUACUGUGAAUCCCAAAGCCUGCAGGGGACUGUCUCCCCAAGACUAGCCAGGCCUCCUUCUCUACCCAGAACCUUCCAGUUUGCCCUGUGUGCAAAGCCACUCUCAGAGAGCCCUAUGUUUCUGUCCUGUCUGAGUCAGCAAUCCUGGUGAGCUGACAUUUGUUCUAUUAGCUGCUGGGGAGUGGGCAUCUCUGCCCCCUGCCCACCAUGAGCCCCGAACCCCACUGCCUGUGACAUCAUUAACAUUGCACACCCUAGACCCAGAGGUCAGGGACAGGGAGGCGCUGAAUGUUGGACAGGGUUCCACGGUGUGACCUGGGGCCCAUCAGACAACGCCUUCCCCCGCCCCACACCACACACUUCUCCCGCUUGGGAUUGGAUUUUGUCAGGCCCCUUCCCUACCCUUCUCCUUCACCCCCACCCAUGCUGGGGUCUACCCCCUGAUCGACGCCUUAGGGCCCGGCAGGGAAGGCCCUCGGGCAGGACGGACACAGGCCUGGUGGUCUAGAGACCUAGGUUCUUGUGCCGGUCCUGCUGCUCACACACUACGAGGCCUCGGGAAGGACUUCUCAUCUCCGGCCCUCAGGGCGCCCACUGGUUAAGUGAGAGAGGGGCUCCAGGGCACACAGGCUCAUUUCAGUUCUGGUGUUGUGGGGUUCAUGUGGAGCUUUAUCUGGAGAGGCCCACCGAGUACCACACUGCGCACGGUCACCCGUCAGUCACUUAGGAUAGAGCUGAGGGAUGCCGGUCCUCCCCCCGUCACCGCCUGUAACCCCUGCCCUGCCUGAUGUCCCCACCCCACCCCUGCAAAAAUGAGGGAGAAGGAUCCCCCCCUCACACAGGGCAACCCCAAUGUAAGCUACAGAACCUCUCGUUUAUAAAAUGGGGACAAUGAUUUCCUACCUCCCAAGGGAGCAGGGAGGCCUCUGGGCAAGUCACAUUGGUCAGGGAGACCGCUGUCCUGGCUGGCGGGAGGGAUCACGCUCGCCUCUCUCCUCUCUCCCCCAUGAGAAGCCCUAUUUUUACUGUCCUGUCAUCCCUCCUUUCUCCCAGGGAGAGGGAGAGAGCCGGCUGGCAGGACUGGGUCACUUGAUUUUGCCCUAACAUUAUGCCUCUGUGGAAAAAAAAAAAUCAGACCAUGAAAUGGACCUGAAAUUCAGUGUUUACCAUGGCUCAAGGUCACCCAACUGGGGCCCGGUCGCCUUUUGUUUUCAAAUGAAAAUACUGUGUACAACUGAGGAGUUACAGUGAAGUGAUAACCAGGGGUCCAGGGAGCAAGUUGAAGAGAUGGCAUGAGUGCGUUUGCAGCCUGGGGGAGGAGGGGUGCUGCAGGGGAGAUGUCGGGGGGCUGUGCCCUCUGAGCACUUAACAAGAGGGUGUUUGCUCCAGCCUGAGCCCCGUGGCCACCUCCCUGCUGCCCAGAGGGGCAGAGUGCCCAGCAACCAACUGUGAACACCCUCGCCUCCCACCGACAAUGCCACUGAGGAAUCCCUCCCAGCCGUUCCAGGGACCUGGCCCCAGAGGGGGACCUUGGCCCCAGGAGGCCCGGAGCCUGCCAACCGUGCUGCGGUGGUGGGGGCAGCCCACACCCUAAAAAGAAUGCAGGCUCCAGAAUGCUAGAGGCCAGAGCCUUCCCCGGGCCAGUAGGAAAUGGGAUAUCACCCCAAAGUGACCUUGUCAGUAGGCCUGUCCAGCUGGUAGCUGCCGGGCCCCCCCAUCUGUGCAGAGCUGGCCGACGUGGGGGCUGGGCCCUCCUGCCCGAGGCAGCCCCUCCGCACUCCCCACCCCUGCAUGGCUCUGUCUGGCUAAACAUGGGAGCUCUCUGUGGGCAGCAGGAAGCGAUGCUGUCCAGGCCGGGUACCGCGAGGAUUAAGUGCUCAGAGGGCCCGAGAGCCCAGGAAACAAGAAAGUGUGUGGUUUGUAUGUUCAAAAGGGACAAUCGCCUGCAGUCAGUAGAUCUAGUGAUCUAGUUGAGAGAUAACAGUGUUUAACCCAUAUGAAGUAUUCGAUAGUUCUACUUGUGAAUUUGUAUUUAUUUUGAGUUAUACUUGACACAGAAUUCCUUUUUUUUUUUUUAAGAAAAAUACUAUGUGUGUAUUUUGAAAAAAAAUCAUAGAUGUUAAAAUUUCUUCUGGUUACCAAUUUUUCUCACGACACUGAAUUUGUUACCUUCUCCCAAAAAAAAUCUUCACAGUGAUCUUUGUCUGUAUAUAUUUGAGGGCCUUUUUUUUAAAAAAAGAAAAAAGAAAAAUAUAAUUGCUCGAUUUUUGAGAUUAAAAAAAAACAAAGGCAUUUUCAAAACUUCGGAGCUUUCAGGAGGGCACUAGAAUAUCAAAUGAAGAUUUCUGGACAUAUUUUUGCAAACCUUCUGGUUGAGCUGCAAGAAAAUAUUUAUGGUGAGAACUCUCUUUUUUCCUGUUGUUGGGUUUUUUUUUGUUUCGUUUUGUUUUUGGUUUGAUUUUUUACUAUGCUUUGAUCUGUAAAAAGUAUGCAACUGAACUACAUUAAGAAGGAAAUAUUGUCUACAUAGAAUAUUAUAUGAAGUUGGUACAUAAUUCUGAGGAGGAAAAAAAAAAUCUUUGCAAUUCUUUAAGCCAUAUUGUUGUUAUUCUGUGUUGUUUUCCUUGGAUGAAAAUAUCAGUAUUAAGUAGCCAAGCAUAUUAUUCAAGUGCUUAGACUUAUUAAUAUGUUCGUGUCCUGUAUUUAUACAUAUGUGUAUUUUGGAAAGUAUUGCUUUUUUUUAAGGGAAGCUAUUAUUAGAUACGUAGCCAAAAAGGGAAUAGUGACCCCUUUGAUCCUCUUCAGCUGAGGGUAACGAACACAGCAUUGUAUUCCAUUCUCUUGCACCUUCUUGUUCUUAUCUUGUUAUUAUGGUUAUUAACUUUGUCGGGGGGCAGGGUGUGGGCCAGGGGAGGAAGGGGCCUCGCAGUAUUACGCAGCCAGCCUAGGAUGACUAACCAGCCCCGCCAUGGUUGUUCAGCUCCAGAGAUGGCCUCCUUGGCCUGGUGGAGGGCUCGGGUCAGCCGGGCCCAGGACGGAAGAGGAAAUGGGAGGCAGACUUCUCCGUGCCCCUCUUUGGGGCUUGGCCAUCUGAGCCUCGCCUCUGAGCCCCAUGCUCUUUGAACUAGGAUGUGCCAACUAGAGCCCUUACACCUGCCCUCCAACAUCUAAUAGAGUUGAAUCUACUCUAAGUGAAUAUUUAAUCCAACAUCACUACAUUGUAGCCCAGUGCAACAACUAAUCCUGAAGUUUGGGAGGCGUUCCAGCUUUCAGGGAGGUGGCUGAGCCGUCCCCCAAGGGCUGGUGGCAGAAGGGCCCAUCGCCGUCUGUCGCCAACCUCGUCGUCGGAUCUCCUCCGUUCCCGUGUGGUGACCCUGUCCGUGUCUGUAUCUGUUAAUACGUGUGUGUCCAGCUGAAAAGACAAACAGAACCCGUGGGCCCAGUUCGGAGGGUGCAUGGAGAAGGCUCCCGACCUCUCCGAAGGGCUGCCCUCGGGAUGGCAUUCCGUUGUGUGCCUUAUUCCUGGAAAAUCUGUAUACAGCUUGCCUAUAGCAAUAUAGCCUUCUCAUGCUGUAUUAAAAGAACUUUUAAAAGCAAGAAAGGCUCAUGGGUUUCCUUGUUUACACAGAGCAUCAGUGGGGAGCUGGACUUCUUCACAGAUUGAUGAGGCCAAGUGGGGUGGGAAGGACUUCGAGCUGCCUUUCUCCUGUCCUGGGUCUGGGUCAUCCAGUCCUUGCCCUGCCUCCACGCCGUUGAUUUGCCUGCUCCCAGCCCCUCUGCCCCCAAGUGGACACUCUCUCCAGAGUCAGGGCCCUCCCCAACUCGGGCCCCAGACUGGGCGAGAUUGUCAGCACAUUAGGUCACACGUUAGCUCAGCAGUGGGACUCCCGGGUGACCAUAUAUAGGAGUGAAUCUUCCUUGGAGGCAGCAGCCCUGGGCCCCACCGCCGUGGCCACACUUGGCCCUCCUGCCAAGUCCAGGAUUGGGCCUCAGACCCCGGGCAUCACACAAUGAGCAAUCAGAAGUGUCCAGGCCUCCUGGGAAGUCCCCAGGAGAGGGAACAGAGGAUCUCUCUCUUCUGAAUGAGCCAGGAUGAGGCCAGGCUGUCACAAGGUGGGGCUCUAGCUGAGAGCCACAGACAGGAAGUCAUGGAUCUCGAGAAGCCACCCACACAUGGGGCCCCUUGGCCCGGGGCCAGUGCUCUGGUCACUCUCAAUCUUGCUGUUCACUGGAAUCGCGAUGGGAGCUGUGGCCCCACCCCAGAGAUUCUCGAGAACUUGGCCUGUGUCCUCAGGUCUUUAAAGCCCCCAGAGAAGUCCAAUGUACAAUGUCGAGAAAUGUCAGGCUUUGAAACGGUCCCUCAUGAUCCUGUGGGGCCAAUGGUGAUGUCAGGGUCGGGGAAGCCGGUGGGCAGAGGUUCUGACCACACUGGCGGGGCACCCCAUCCUCAGCUCCGGCCAGUUACUGCUAUCUAAGAAAAUACUGCUUAGAUGGGGGUGGGGAUGUCCUGGAAAUCCAGGUGGUUAUGUGAAAUUUUCCAACUUUAAAUUUGGCAACUAGCCUACUAAAGUUGUAAAUAGUAUAUAGGUCAAACCAUGUGUCUGUGGGCCAGCCCUUGCCUCCAGACUGCAGCCUCUGAGACAGAGCAGAGAAAAAAAUGUGGAUCUUUGGGAUCAGGGGCCACAGUGGGGGAGGGGCGGGGAACAGGCAGGAGCAGAGUACGACUUCAGAAGCAGGGAGUGCGCCCCCUGUGUUAUUUGGAGUGUCCAGUGACUCCCAGAAGCCACCAAGCCCUUCCCUGCUUGCCAGCACAUUCACCCCCAGAUGCCUGCCUUCAUGGUGAGUGAUGCGGUCGAUAGGGCCAGAGUCAACCUGAACUCAGAACCAGAGCCAAGCAGGUGAGUGGAGAAGGGGACCAACCCCAGCACGGUAGGAGGAAGCGGGGAUCACCUCCUCGGAGUGCCUGUUUGGCAGCCCAGGAGGGGGCGCCCUCCCCAGGAGGGAUCUGCACAGAUCCGGGGACCGGAACCCUGCUCUGUCAGUGUCCCUGUGCGCACAGCCCUGCCGCCCCUGGCCGUGGGAGGCUGAGCCAUGCCUCCGCCUCUCUCUGAGCCCCGGCCUCCCCAGGGAUAGUGUGCAGAUCAGACAGGUCAGAUGGCCUUGUAAGCACCAGGCCCAGUGCCUGGCUUGGCACCCGGGGGUUCCCCAGGGACGUGGCUCCAUUGCUCCCAUUGUCCGUGACUCAGGCAGCAACACCUUGCCAGAGAUCACACAGGAAGUCAGAGGGGCAGCCAAGCCUCCCCCCCCCCCGAGGGCCCCCAGGCCCACUGACUGGCCCCGCAGGCGCUCACUGGGCACCCACUGUGCGUGGGGGCAGAGGCCGCGAGGUUAACAUUCGGUUAUCUGCCCUGGUGUGUCAGUGUGCUUGCGCCCAUGUGUGUGUUUGGUUUUGUUUUCCGUGGAAAGAAAACAAACCCAAGGCAAACACAGCUUGCAUUUCGCCAUCUCCCGGAGCUGUGCAAACCAGUAAUUCCCCUGGACAGGAAGGGUUUCCGGUCAGGCAGCUGGCUGCGAGGCCCCGGAGAGAGCAGAGUCCACCUCGGAAAGGGGUGUCAGGGCACCAGAGGGGACAGCCCCGCGCUGGGCCUGCCCCUGCCUCCCUGGGAGCCCGACACCGGCUCGCACCCCUCACAUUUCUGAUGGGCCCACGUCGAGGCCCCCAGAGGAAGGCUUGCCCGGGCUCGCCCGGCGGGCAGGUGGCAGCGGCGGGGUUUGAGCCCCGAGUUCUCAGGCCCCGUGCAGGGGUGUGGAGGCAGCACUGGGGCUGGGCCCAGGCCUUGGCGCACGGAGCCCCCUCGGUGCCUGCUCUAGACACGGGGAGGGAGGCCAAGGCCAGAGCGCUCGACCCCCGCGCCUUUCCCGUCUCAGCACCAGCGCCCACUGGGGGCCCUAGGACCCCUCGUGGGACCUAGACCAGGCUCCUAGCACCCUUCUCAGAGUGUGUGACGCUGGGCCUCCGCGUCCUUAUCCGCAUGCCGCGGGCAAUGGUGCCACCCUGGCAGGCCGCGGCGGACACGCUCUGUGACGGCCACUUCUCGUCCCCCGGGCCUGCGCUGUGACUCCUCACACCGGGAGGCUGGGCCACGCCGCCAUCCAGCCGCAGGCCCGUGUCUUCGCUGGCCCCAUGGGUGCCCCGAACGGCCCCGGCAGGAGCCAGGGCAGGGAACAGUAUGCCAAUAUGGCAGGUAGAGAAACGGAGGCCCGGGGGGAGAGGGGGCUAUGAUGCCCCAAACUGACAAGUGGGGUGCUCUGCUGCGCCCUCUGACCUCCACACUCGGUGCAGUUUCUGAUCCUGACAGGAGACUCCCCGUGGACUCCCUUGUGGCCAGGUCUGGUGCCCUGAGCUGUGGCUGGGCCCCGCAAUGAGCUGGGAGUCAGGCCCCCGCCUGCCCUCAGACACCCUGACCCCUCUCCCCUUGGCCUGGGAAACCCAGGGUCCAAACACCACCCAAGCGGCUCCCCGGCCAGGGCUGCCUUGGCCAGGCUCCCACAUGGCCUCUGGGAGAGGGAGAAGGGGCAGGAGGACCUGGGACAAGGGGGGGCGGCCUGCGGGGGGAGGGCUGUCGCCUCCAAGGUCAGGCAUCUGGAUGUUCCCUGGGACGCUGUGCAGAGCCAGGAACAGUCUGUCCUCAGGCACAAAGGCCCCUCUAAACACACCCACUUUAUCCAGAGCUGUUAGAGGCCCCGCGCUCACCUCGCCCCACCACACACGUGUUCACACACAUUCACACACAUGCACUCACACCCGCCCACAGACACGCCUGGCUGUGGCCCCUGGGGAGUCCCGUGGGAGUGGGGAGCCCUGGGACACCGUCUCCAGCCAGAACAGUGCUCCUGCAGUGUCCACAAGCUGGGGGGUCCCCAGGGUGGCCCCUCUCCCUGACCCCUCUGACCCAAGGGUCACUUUUAGGGAGGAGGAAACUCCAGCCAGAAGAGUCAUGGACCCCAUGUGAAUCUGCCCAUCCGCCUCCCCACGAGUCCCUCCCCAAGAGCUGGGGACCGCGGAACCCUCAGGUAGGUGGGAGAAGCCAAGCCCCAACCCUUGACCUGACACAGGGAGCGAAAGUCCAUCCUUGUAUCUCAGACAGUUGAGAGACAGCAUCAGGGGCGUGAACACCACGUCCUCGUCUAUUAGAUGCUGGAGGCUGUAUGGGGCCAGGUGAGACGAGGCCUGCGCUCUGGUUCUAAAUCAUCCAGAAUACAGGAUGGGCAGCAUGGUGAGGUUGGCUCCCGUGAGGCAUGGGUGCCUGGGGCCUGAUGUCCUGCACUCUCCACUCCUGGGCAGGAGACGAGCUGCAAGGGGAGCCAGGCCGAGGGAGUGCACCGAGGCAAAGUGUCGGUGUGAGUGGGGGUGGGGGCGCGCCCCAGACAUGGCCUCACCCACACCCAGAGCCCUCCACGGUCCUCUCGCCUGGCGCCAGGGCUCUCUCUGUGUCUCCAGCGCCAAUGUGGCCUGGCACCUGGCAGGUUGAAUGUGGAAUAAAUGAGUAAAUAAGCUCUGGCCAGCAUUCAGCGGGCCCCCUGCUGCCCCAGCCACUGAGCAUGUGACUUCCAUGCUUGCAAACACCCUGUGAUGGGAGCUGGGUGUGAGGAUGGGUACCAUUUGACAGAUGGGCAAGCUGAGGUUCGGGGAGGUGGAGUGACUUGUCCAAGUUCAUCUGGCUACAAGAGUAGAGCCCCUCCCUGGACCCCCUCCCAGAGACAUCUGUCCCCAGGGCUAUGUCCAGCCCUGAAGGCCCAAUGCCUGUCUCCUGCAGGUGUGUGCCCUCCCAGACAGCCAGUCAGACAUCCGGGCUGGCCUGGCCUGUCCUCAGCCCCCUCACACCCGCCCAGCCUGGCCUGCCAGCCUUCCUGCAGUUGCUCAGAGCCAAUAACCACGCAGUGCAGGCCCUGUGGUGUUCCUGCAGGCCGUGUGGGAGCCAGAGCCCAGGCCCAGCCCCAUCACGGCCCCCAACCUGCCCGCCACCCCCUUGAAAAGUUCGGGGGGAUGAGGGGGAACACUGCUUCUGCCUCCGCUGUCCCCAGGGUCAGCCAGGCCCAGCAUCUGUGCCUCUUCUCCCUGCAUCCUUGCUCUUCCUUCCCCCCAGAGCCGUGCACGCAGGCCAGCCACCUUCCCACAUCCUGCAUCUUGGUCCAGGAAGUGAAGAGUAUUUUUUCCUGUCCCCAUGCAGACCAAGCUGGGAGCCAAGCAGCAGUGCCCUCUACCCCCUUCUCAUCGUGCCACCGCCCCCACCUCUGGUCACUCCUCUAGGUCGGGCUCGGCCUCCAUGGCCCCUCCACACGCAGCUCCUGCAGCCCAUGGGGCGAGUUGGGGUCCAAGUCUGGGACCAUGGUACCUGCCUCGACCUCCAUCUCGGCCUGCCCACCCUCAUCCUGGCAGGGAUUCUGGGUCAGAUGGACUGGACACUGAACCACAACUUAUCAGCUGUUGUCCUGAGCAAGUCACCUCCCGCUCUGAGCCCCGGUUCCCUCCGCCUUUGCCUCUUAACCCUUGAGCUCUGUGUUCUGAAACCUUCACCCUGACCAGGAGGCAGAUGUGGAGCCCAGGCCUUGCUUCUGGGAAGGGACUUAGAUUUGCCGGCUCUUGGGCAGUAGACCAUUCUCCUCCCCUCCCCAGGCACCCACACCCUGUUAGUUCAGUGCUGACUGGGCUUCUGCCUCAGUUUCCUCCUUGGGCUGAGGCAAGAAACCUCUGCCUAGAAUGUAUCUCGUCCUCCUCUCCCUUGGAAACUGACCCCAGCCCCGCACCACAGUGGAGUCUGCUUCAAACCUUGUGGUCAGGCUCUCUCUUGCCUGACAUCCUUGCCAGUUCAGAAGCCCCCACACCCCCCAACCGCGCCGCCCCUCAGGCCUCUUGCAACAAUCGGCCGGUCCUCUGCUUCCCUCUGGUGGCAGAGUCUGAGAACAGCAACUUCCUGGGGGGAAUUUUUUUCCUCCCCAAAUCCAGGUUAAGUCCUGACCUCACCUGCACAGGGCUACCUGCCUCAUCACCUAUGAACAAUAUCGGCAAGUGCUAAUACCUGAGUUUGAUUAUAAAAAUAAUGAAUGCACGAUAUGAAGUGGGUAUAACACAGGGAAAUAGGAACUAGGAUGUGAAAAUACCCAGUGGCCCAAAUUCCCCCAGAGAGCGCUACUGUCAGGGGUUUGGCCAUAUCAUUCCAUAGUCUUUUUGCUUCUACAAAUCUGUGUGCAUGUGAUGUACACACACACACACACACACGUUAACAGGAUUAUACUUGACAUGCUGUUCUGACCAGCUUUGUCUAUAUCGUCAUCUUGCCCUGUUAACACACAGGUCUGCCUCAUUUGUCUAAGAGCUGAUUGUACUUCUUUGUUGAGUAAUGUAUCUGUCAUUUCCUUAUAGAAGGAUUUGAAGCAUUAUUGUUUUUAAAAGUCAAUCAUUUUACCUUUUUUAAGAAGUUUUUAUUUGGGGGCACCUGGGUGGCUCAGUCGGUUAAGCAACUGCCUUUGGCUCAGGUCAUGAUCCCAGGGUCAAGCUCCCUGCUCAGUGGGGAGUCUGCUUCUCCCUCUCUUCCCCACUCAUACUGUCUCUUGCUCUCUCUCUCUCUCAAAUAAAAUCUUUAAAAAUAAAUAAAUAAACAUAAGAGUUUUUAUUUAAAUUCCAGUUAGUUAACAUACAGUGUAAUAUUAGUUUCAGGUGUACUAAAUUCGGCACUUCCAUAUAAUACCCAGUGCUCAUCACGACAAUCCCCAUCACUUAUUUCACCCAUCUUGCCACCCCCCCACACCCCGCGCUAGUAACCACCAGUUUGUUUGAUAUAGUUAACAGUCUGUUUCUUGGUUCCUCUUUCUUUAUUUUCUUCCACUUUGCUCAUUUGUUUUGUUUCUUAAAUUCCACAUAUGAGUCAAAUCAUAUGGUAUUUGUCUUUCUCGGGCUGACAUUUUGCUUAGCAUAAUACACUCUAGCUCUAUCCAUGUCCUUGCAAAUGGCAUGAUCUCAUUCUUUCUUAUGGCUGAGUAAUUUUCUAUUAUAUCUAUAUCUAUAUCUAUAUCUAUCUAUAUCACAUCUUCUUUAUCCAUUCAUCAGUUCUUGGGCACUUGGACUGUUUCUGUAGUUUGGCUAUUGUAGAUAAUGCUGCUAUAAACAUCAGGGUGCAUGUAUCUCUGUGAAUUAGUAUUUUUGUAUUCUUUGGGUAAAUACCUAGUAGUACAAUUUCUGGGUCAUAGGGUAGUUCUAAUUUUAACUUUUUGAGAAACCUCCGUACUGUUUUCCAGAGUGGCUGCACCAGCUUGCAUUCCCAUCAACAGUGUAAGAGGGUUCCCCUUUCUCCACAUCCUUGCCAACACCUGUUGUUUCUUGUGUUGUUGAUUUUAACCAUCCUGACAGGUGUGAAGUGACAUCCCAUUGUGGCUUUGAUUUGCAUUUCCCUGAUGAUGAGUGAUGUGGAGCAUCUUAUCAUGUGUUUGUUGCCCAUGUGUAUGUCUUCUUUGGAAAAAUGUCUAUUCAUGUCUUCUGCCCAUUUUUAAUUGGAUUAUUCAGUUUUGGGGUGUUGAGUUUAAUAAGUUCUUUGUAUAUUUUGAAUACUAGCCCUUUAUCUGAUAUGUCAUUUGCAAAUAUCUUCUCCCCUUCUGUCGGUUGUCUUUUGGUUUUGUUGUCUGUUUCCUUUGCUGUGCAAAAGCUUUAUAUUUUGAUGUAGUCCUGACAGUUUAUUUUUGCUUUUGUUUCCCUUGCCACAGGAGACCUAUCUAGAAAGAAGUUGCUAUGGCCGAUGUCAAAAAGUUACUGUCUUCUUCUAGGAUUUUUUAUGGUUUCAGGUCUCACAUUUGGGUCUUUAAUCCAUUUCGAGUUUAUUUUUGUUUAUGGUGCAAGAAAGUGGUCCAGUUUUCCCAACACCGUUUGUUGAAAAGACUUCUUUUUCCCAUUGGAUAUUCUUUCCUGCUUUGUUGAAGAUUAAUUGAGCAUAUAACUGUGGGUUCAUUUCUGGGUUUUCUAUUCUGUUCCAUUAGUCUAUGUGUCUGUUUUUGUGCCAAUACUGUACUGUCUUGAUUGCUACAGCUUUGUAAUAUAGCUUGAAGUCCGGAAUUGUGAUGCCUCCAGCUUUGUUUUUUUUUCCGAGGUUGCUUUGGCUAUUUGGGGUCUUUUGUGGUUCCAUACAAAUUUUAAAUUUGUUAUAGUUUUGCGAAAAACGGUGGUGGUAUUUUGGUAGGGAUUGCAUUAAACGUGUAGAUUGUUUUGGGCGGUAUGGACAUUUUAACAGUAUUUGUUCUUCUGAUUCAUGCGCAUGGAAUGUCUUUCCAUUUCUUUGUGUCAUUUUCAAUUUCUUUCAUCGGUGUUUAACAGUUCUCAGAGUACAGGUCUUUCACCUCUUUGGUUAGGUUUGUUCCUAGGUAUCUUAUUAUUUUUGAUGCAAUUGUAAAUGGGAUUGAUUCCUUAAUUUCGCUUUCUGCUGCUUCAUUAUUAUGUAUAGAAAUGCAACAGAUUUUUGUACAUUGAUUUUGUAUCCUGCAACUUUACUGAAUUCAUUUAUCAGUUCUGGUAGUUUUUUGGUGGAGUCUUUCAGGUUUUCUAUAUAUAGUAUCAUGCCAUUUGCAAAUGGUGAAAGUUUGACUCCUUCCUUGUUGAUUUGGAUGCCUUUUAUUUCUGUUGUCUGCAUGCUGAGGCUAGGACUUCCAGUACUGUGUUGAAUAAAAGCAGUGAGAGUGGACGGUCUCUGUCUUGUUCCUGACCAUAGAGGAAAAGCUCUCAGUAUUUCCCCACUGAGGAUGAUAUUCACUGUGAGUUUUUCAUAGAAAGCCUUUAUGAUGUGGAGGUAUGUUCCCUCUCAAUCUACUUUAUUGAGGGUUUUUAUCACGAAUGGAUGUUGUCCUUUGUCAAAUGCUUUUUCUGCACCUAUGGGGAGGAUCAUAUGGUCCUUAUCCUUUUAUUAAUGUGACGUACCUGUUGAUUGGUCGAUUUUUUUUUCUUAGUCACCUUUCUGUUUUGUGCAGCAGGAAGAUCUGGGGUCAGGAGAGCCAGGGUCCAGGCUACUGUCACUGAUCUCAUUGCUGUGCCCCUCCAGGCCCGUUUCCCCACCUACACAGUAGGGCAUCUGGCUCCAUCUAGAAUCCUUCGCUCUGAUGAUUCCUCUGAGCUGUGAUCCCAGAGGCUGUCCUGGGAUCAUCCAUACAGUUUUGGGGCUGGUGCGGGGAGGAGGCCUGGCCUAGUGGGAGCGUGGACAGUUGUGGCGAGGGACAGGCUGCAACGCUACCCGCUGCCCGGUAUUGGACGGGGCUGCCUGAGGGAGAGUGAGGUCUGACCCACACUCCUCUCCUGCAGCUUGCUGAGGGCAGCUGGGCCAGCUGCUUUUUCUUGGAAGGGCCUGGGGGCAUCCACAGCCACUUCCCCCGCCCUGAGCUGACUUGUAUAUCACCCAAGUAAGAAGGGAAAGUAUUCCCCUUGUAAACAACUCAAAAAAUACAGAAGAUUUCAGCUUCUGGGGUCAGAGUGCCUGGAGUCACCCUCCCACUUUAAACAACUAAAUCAACAGACAAAACGUGGGACACAACGGGCCCAGCUGUUGGACAGAACAGGGAUUCCUGAGAAAAGGAAGCACAAGCAAAUGAGGUGAGGCCUGUGGUUUGCAGAGAGUACUGCCUGGACUGAGUGUCCGGGUCACCGGGCGGGACAGGAGAAGCCACACAGCCCAGCCAGCUCCCUUACUGGAGGAGACAGACUGGGGAACUUAACGGGCAGAGGCUAGGUAGAAUUUUUGAAUCAGAACACUGGAAAGAAGACAGCUGCCCUGAGAUUGGAAAGUGGCAUGGAGAGGAGGAAGAUCCCAGAGAGAGGGUCCAGACCUGUGCAGAGGGGCCCCCUCACCCAGUUAGCUGAGAACAGAUAGGUGCCUACGUGUGAGGAGAUGACCCAAAGCUGACCGAAGGACCACUGCCCACCCCAGAAGGAACAGGCAGAACUAAAUGCCCAAAGCUCACAGGGGGACAGAAAUAGUCCCCACCAGCCAGAUUGAGAAACCUCAUAAUAAACAGGGCAGAACACUGAGAACCAUAUGACCUCAGAAGUGGGACAAAAUUAGUCCUUCACUAACAGAUGCGUUGGUCUCUUCAACAAAGCUCAAAAGCAAGCCUCAAAGGAAUGAAAUGAUCUCCAAAUAACUUAUUUGCAUUCCACAACAAAGCUUAAGAAUAUUUACAGGAACACAACCAUAUCCAACACAUUUUAAUAAGGUAACAUGUCUGGCAUCCAUUAAAAGUUAGGCAUAUAAAGAAGUAGAAAUAAGUAAAAGCAGACACAGAAAUCACACAGAUAAUGGAUGAGAGGACAUUAAAGUAGUUAUAACUCUAUUCUGUAUUUUUAAGAAGGUAAAGGAAAGCAUGAACAUGUUAAAAAGAAACAUGGAAACAAUAUUUUUUGAUACCUCAAUCAAACUUCUAGUGAUGAAAAAAUUUUUCUGAAAUUUUGGAUCUCUGAAAUAUGAAAAAUACACUGGAGAUUAACAGCAAAUGAAAAGAAGAAAGGAUUAGUAAAACCUGCACUUCCUCUGCAUUAGGCCCACCUGUCUGCCUAACCUGGCUUUAGACUGAGCAUUUAUUUAAGAAUAAAAUUGUGGUGGUGGUCUGAAAAAAGAAAGGAUUAGUGAACUUGAUGACAUAGUCGUAGAAACUAUCCAAAAUGAAAUACACCAAUAUAAAAAGACUGAAAAAAAAAAAAAAAAGAACGGG